AUGGAGUCUGUUGUCGCCAGCCGACCAAACCUCCCCGCUCUGCACACUGGCAAUCACGACCACCAUGGCCACCAUGGCCAUGCCCGUAGCAAUUCCGAUUACUCGGGCUCUGCCCCGCCUGCUUUCGCGGCGAAGAAGCGCGGCAGCUUCCUGUCAAAGACCUUCAAGAGCUUCAGCAGCCUGUCGUCUCUCGAAUUGACGGCCGAGGAGGCUCCAUCGGGGUCACAGACACCCCCGCGUCGAGUUCUCACGAAAACCCCCACUCGCAGCUCCUCCAUCUUCCAUCGCAUCAGUCGCCGACCCUCCAAAGACUCGACUGCGAGCUCCCAUACAUCGGAAACUUCAGGCAAGCUAGCAACAAUGAAGGUUAUCAGGCAUGGUCCUCUCAAAACCGAUGCCAAGCUUUGGAAGUCGCGCGCCGAGUAUGUCGUGUUGACUGAGACGUGCCUGCUCAAGUUCAACAGUAUAGACGCUGCGAGAGCAACAUUUGUUGACAUAGGAGGACAGACGAACAGAUUGAGCAGGGCGUCGACGACAGCUUCUCUCGGACAAGACACAACAUCCGCCGAGCCAAGCCUUCAGAUUCCCUUGCGUCGCAUCAUAAACAUUUUCAAUGAGGAAGGCUCAAGUCCUCAUUUCGGCCUCGAUGUCUGGUGGUCUGAAGCACCUCCCGCGGUCUCCUGGGCGAACAACAAACUGUUUUUCGGAAUGCCCCAAGAGAGGAACGAAUGGAUGGCUGAAAUACGCCAGGCCAUCAGGGAAUUCGUGGGCAGGUCCUCUGUGCCCGGAGGCAUCGUGGCGGCCAAUGUCGAGGCAAGGAUAUACAACCUCGUAGCGGCCGAAGAGCCCAUGUGCCAGGGCUAUCCUCUGGAUAUAUUUCCUGUGGUCCAGAGGACCUUCCAACCUCGAGCCAAGGCUGGUGACUCCGACGCUGCGAAGAAGCUGCGUGAUGCGUCCUCGUACUACCUCUUGCUAGGUCUGAACAAGUGCUACCUGGUUCGCGUUUCCAAAACUUCAGCGUACAAAGCCCCGCAAGAUCUGGAGAUCAACACGGUGGUGUUUGGCAUCACAUCACUCGUGCGUCUCAAGGCAACCAUGGUUCCCCACGAGGAACGCUUCGUGCUGGGGUCAAGGAUGCCCUGCGAACCCGAAAAGCGCUUGGAGCUCGCUAGUCGCUGGUACCGGGAGAUUGUCAUGACCUUCAUGAAGGCCGAUCGAGCAGUCAAACCAGCCUGGCCCCAACACUUACAGAAUGACAUCUUUGAGAUCAAGGGCUUGACAGCGCAGCUUCAUCUACCCGCUGGCCAGGAUUUCGGCGGCCUGAAGAGGACGCUCGAGGCCUAUUGCGCGACUUACGGAUGCCACGUUCCGGAUUGGACAGCAAACUGGAAAUGUGAGAGGCGAGAAAACAGUCCUGAGUUCCGCCUGCUUCCUUCAAGCUCUCCGGAGGGGUACUCGGCCUUCCAGCUCCUCGCCGUAUUCAGAGCGCUCCGGUACAAUGAUUACUUCAGGUCACUGUCGUUCAGAGACGUAGACUUCAGUCCCAUGUGUGGACGAUACGACCUGGUCCACUACGAUGACUCCAUCGCUGAUGUUUCUCGCAAUGGCUACGUAAUCGAUAGUGUCCAUCGAGAGAUCCUGCGAAGCUCACCGAUGCUCUUCCAGGAGCUUCACGCUGUUGCGUUCACCUCUGGUUCCAUCAGGAGCAUCGAUCUGACGAAUGUCCUCGCCCCGCGACGCAUUGCCUCGGCGAACUCUCGAGCCCGAUCUGUGCCUUCGUCCGGCUCAAAUGAGCUGCCAGAAGUGGCGCGACCAAUUCUGUUACUACUAAGAACCCAGAAUAUUACCCUCGAUACUCUCAUCCUUGGUGGCAACCCUCUAACCCAGGGCGAAGUAGACGAGCUGGUGACAGUGCUCAACAUGCCCGACACUUUCAGACACCUCGAUGUCUCACGAUGCAGCCUUGACGAACGUAGUCUUGAAGAGAUAUGGGACGCGCUCCCGGAACAAAGCUACAAGAUGGAGGUCCUUGACAUAUCACACAAUUUUGGGAACGUCGACCACGUCCUCAUCCGGAACAGCCUGUGCCACUUCGUUCGCCUCCGCAAGCUUAGCAUCGCCGGCAAUUGCAUGCGUCAGUUUACGGACUUUCUGUUCUACGAUGAAACUAUAAUGCGCUGGCAGCUUGAGGAACUGGACCUUUCGGACAUCAAGCUGAGCGACGAGACUACGAUGAUCCUUGCUGCAUAUCUGGAGAUGCCAGAAUCCAAUUGGUUGAGGAGGCUUGAUCUUAACAAUUGCGGGCUGAGUGGCUCUAUGGCGGCUACGCUGUUUAGGAGCAUGGGUCAAGGCCGCGAACUGAUAUGCGCUAUCAGUGGCAACCACCUGGAAGACGGUGGUGACGACCUCGCUAAUGCUAUCGGCUGCAACUUUGGCCCUCGGAUGCUCUUCGUUGAUAUGGUGGAGUAUCGCGAAGAGACCAACUUCAUCAAGCUCAUCCGUGCCCUGGCCGUCAACAACACGAUCAACCUUCUCAGCCUUGUCGGUACCUCGACCGCCGGGCAAGUCAGCGAAGAGGCCUGCGCCGCCGUGUCCGACUUCUUUGCAACCAACACUUCUGUCUGCUUUCUUGACUUGUCCGGCUUUUCUGCUAAACUCGACGAAGGCCAGCUUGGCCUUGGCUUCUCUCGCUCCCUCGCUGGCUUGGCGCAGAACACGACCAUCCACCACCUCCGCAUCCGCAAUCAGAAGCUCAAUGUGAAUAUUGGCGACCUUGCAUCCGCAAUCGCCCGCAACGUCACAUUGAUGACCCUCGAUGUUCAGGACAACGGCUUCAACCUCUCUAAUCUGACGCACAUGGCUCGCAGUCUGGAGGAGAACAAGUCGAUCCAAGAGUUCCGUCCCUUUUCCGAGGCCGAGCUCAACCGUACCAUCAACAGCUCAAUGCAAAGGGUCAUUUUGCCCUCGCACCAACCUGAGCACCACCGCCGCCGGUCUUCCAAGGCAGCCGCUGCCGCCCGCGCAGCCGACACGCUUGCCGAGGAUGCCAGUAAAGCUCUUGUCCAGGAACUCCGCGGCCAGUGGACUGUAAAAAUGAAACAAAUUGAGUCCAUUGUCGAACGCAACCGCUCACUAGUCGCUCUUGAGCAGAACGGACGCACAAUGCCUGGACACGAUUCUGAAACUUUUGCGGAGGAUCUUGUCGCAUUAUUCGGCGGUCUAGCCACCAUCAAGCGAGAGAGGAAGUCUUCUACGGCAGGCGCUGGGCCGCCAACGCCACCUCUGGAUGCCAUACACGGAGAAGAAAUGCAUUUCUCGAGACGCUGCCAACACGUUUGGAGAAGAGAGACAAAAAAGGGCUGGGUUGAGCGCAUGGUGGACGACUCGUUUGUUGCUCGUCAGUCUUCCUAG